UUUACACAUGAAAAGACUUUAAAAGAUGUAGCGACGAAUGGGGUUUGCUCAUAUAUAUAUUUGUAUUGCUUUGCAUCCCAUUCCGUUUCACAUCCAAUGGCCAUUAUAUAAGGCAUGUAUGACGCCUACGCAAGUGUCACACAUCAGUGACAAAAAUUGUAUCGACAAAAGGAUCAACCAAUGGCAAAUGAGUAAACGUUAAGUUUUGCUGUCUGCAUGCAGCCUUCUAUGUGUGACCUGUCUAACACACAAUCAGUUCUGACGAUAAUCUACGAACCACAACUGCAGAAACAUUUCAAUUAGUGAAAUGACCAGCACACCACAGGUAGGGGAUGUGGCAUCAAAGCAACUGAAGCCAACAACCACAGUGACGCGAUACACAAAUGAGGAGGUGAAUGCAUUGACUGAACUCGUAGUCAGAUACAGAGACACUUGGAAAGACAAACGUCAGUUGUCCGCACUCGUGCAGAAACAUAUGUGGAUGCAAUUUUCACAAUAUCUGCAGUCGAAGGGUGGCCGAGACGACACUGGACUCGACUUCGUCGGAAGGGUCAACAAAUACUGCGGAAGUUGGAGACAGUGAGAAGCAGUCAGCAGACAGAGAAGACAUCGAAUGAGACGGUAUGUAGUACCAGUUGCAGUGUUAGUGGGAAUGUGAAUGGAAGUAGUGAUGGGAAUCAACUAGUAGGCAGAGAGUGUGGCAGCUGGAUGGAGGCUGGUGGUGCAUAUAACAAAGACGUGCGUCAACUGCGUCCUCCAUCGCUCACGCCUUCACCAGUGGUUCGAAUAGCACCUAGAAUUCCCACCCCAUCGAUGCCUGCUACCAGCCACACACCACUGACUUCCGCAUGCACAACGGGUCCGAAAAUCCUGAAUGCCUUCUCAACAGCUCAGAUACCACAACAUCUGACAAUUGCAUACAACAUGCAGCAGAGAAACACUCACGCUGAAGGCAGUGAGGUAACCGGUUCUAUGACAAUAGUAAAUCCAGUCAGUGUCUCAUCGGGUGUUGGGAAUGGCGGAAAUACAAACAGUUUUCAUGUUGAUGAUGUGCGAGUUGUGAAUUCAUUGAAUGUGCGGUGUAGCACAGCAGUGAGUGGGACGAUUGACUUGUCGGUGUCGAGUGACGAAGAGAGUCCUCAAGAGAUGUGUCUGAGGAGUGAUCAUUUGAAUGUGGAUCAUGUCAGUGAACCGGUGGAGAAUACUGACGACCGUUAUCCGUAA